AUGGCGGCAUGCGGUUGUGUCAUUUGCAACACGCGCGGCGCUGCGCCCAACCCACUAAACUGUCGCAUUGUAACUGCGCAUGCGUAUAAGCUGCAGUCGGUACGCGUACACCUCCACCCUUGCAGAUGGUUCGACGGCUUCUACUGGUUGGGUUUGCAGAAUCGUACACUCGAACCGCCAAUUAAGCCAACAGUGAAGAGCGUCGUAGACACUACCAAUUUCGAUGCAUAUCCACCAGAUCCAGAGGGGCCACCGCCAGAUGACUUAACCGGCUGGGAUAAGGAUUUUUAAGCGAAAUUGUGGCAGCUUAGAAAGGGGCCAUAUAAAUAAGUGGGUUUCAAAUGAAAUGCAGAAAAAAUCUAUAAGA